AGCUGUGGCGAACAGAGUUCCCGUAGGUUCGUCGAUGGAUCGAAAAAAACUUUCGUACUACAUGUACUAUUGAAAUUCGAAAGUGGAAACAGAUUUUUAUGUACAUAUCCAGAAUAAAACCAUACUAAAUGAGCUACUUAAAUAAGUAAAUCAAGAACACACUUUCUGUUAUUUUUAAAAUUGAUUGAUCGGAAAAAAAACUUUUGUGGUGAAUUAUCAUUGUGCUAUUGAAAUUUCAGAAGUGUAAAUUUUAAAUCGACUUGAGGUAACUUCGAGUGUGAAAUGUUUGGAUAUGGUGUAUCAAUUAAAAUUUUCUAUACUUUUUCGUUUCGGUUUUUCUUUAUAGUGACCUAACAUGGAUUUGGUUUAGUUGGAUUUUUGUAUGUUACGGUUAGUGGUUGUUUUGGAAUGUGGGAUUUGAUUUCUUGAAAUCACACGUUCACUUCGUGGGCUAAAAAAAGUAUUAGAGUUUAAUGAAUUUGACAAAAGAAAACCAAUGACUCUAAAAGUAUGACAUAUAAAAAUAGUGAAAUGUGAAAAUGUUUUAAAAAUAACAAGUGUUAAAAGUGCCGUGGACACGAUGGCACGGACGACUGGGUUUCUAAUAGUGUUAUGGAUCACUAUCAUCCCUUUACAUCGAGCUGACAACUUAGAGUUGCUCCUUGGAACACUCCGGACACACCAGAAAGCGGCGUGCGACGAAGAGAUGGUGACUCUAAUAUGUCCACGAGGCACAACAAUUAGUAUACAAGUAGCACAAUAUGGGACGUCGGCGUCACAAAGCUCAUGUUCAUCAGAACUGACGGAGUACCAGCCAGUGGCUGUAGAAGUUGUUGGAGACACGUCAUGUACUUGGCCUAGUACUUUACAGUAUUCUUUGUUGCAGACCGUGGUGGAAGCGUGCCAAAAGAAGAGGCAAUGCAAAUUCCAUACAAGUCCGAAAGCCUUCGGGGUCGACCCCUGCCCAGGGUCAAGAAGGUUCGUCGAAGUAGCGUACAAAUGCCGUCCUUAUGAGUUCCGAAGUAAAGUGGGCUGCGAAAACGACGUGCUUCAUUUAAGCUGUAACCCACACUCCAGGGUGGCCAUAUAUUCCGCUCAGUACGGGAGGACGGAGUACGACUCGAUACAAUGCCCGCAGCCGCGGGGAAUGAAAGAGGAAACCUGCCUGGAGCCUUAUGCAACAGAGACGUCGAUGAGAGAGUGCCACGGCAAGAGACGCUGCGUCCUCUCAGCAGACAGCAAGAUGUUCGGCAAGCCCUGUCGGACUGGCAGUCGAACGUAUCUCAAAGUGGUUUACACCUGUGUACCUCGGACGGUCUUGAAGGAGCGGUAUGAGAGCGCUCCAGAAGAGGACGAAGUCGCUCACGAUGCAUCCGAUCUUGAACACGAAGAUGUUGAUGAGACCAAUGAUCGGUGGUGGGGUGAAUCAGCGCCACCAGCGCCCGCAGUCGCCGCUGUACCGCCACAGCGACCUUCACUAGUUACCAACAUCACCAGAGAGGAACCCUCGCCUACGCCGCCAAGACAGCAUGUUUCUAACGAAGAUCAAUUCGACAUGAUGUACGUCUACAUCAUCGCUGGAGCGGCGGGUCUUUGUAUUCUGUGCAUCAUAAUCGGCGUCACAAAGUGUUUGAUGCACAAAACCACCGACGACCAACCGAAAGGACCAGACGUAUCCGCCUCUACGGACAUCCCUAACGGCUUCAACGACAGCAUAUCAGAAGUCGAUAACGACAUAAACAUCACCAGCCUCUCGGGACCAGUUGACACCGUAGACUCUAGCCUGAAGCAGGAAAUGCAAAUUCAAAGUAUGGUAACGAAUUUGAGCCCAAAAAUCAAUCGAUACGUCGGUCGACCAGUGCCUAAUACGUAUCCCCAUGUCAGCACGAACAUGUACGGACAGGUGGCUGAAUUCCCUGUUGAAAUGCCUCUCCGAACUAUGCCUCAUGGUACGUUAGGACGCGGUGUUGCGGUUAAAACCUUACCUAGAAUCCAAAUGCAAACGGAAUCGGACCCAAACGCUAGGAGUUUAUAUCGAUAUUCAAACGCCCAGUACUACUUCGGGUGACAACAAGACAGUGGACAGUGCUCGGAUGUAUCCAGGACUUACUGUUUCUAGUUGCGUCGUAGUGAAAGGAACUAUGUGUUGUCCUACUUUUAAAUACAGAAACUGUGAUAUUAAUUGAAACUUUCCUAUUGUACUGCAAUCUGUUUUUUCAUUCUAUUGACGGGGGAAGCGCUGUGUAUUUUAUUUAAAGCCGGGAAAUAAAAUUCGAAUGUUUUC